AUGGCUUCGGAAUCUGCUACAUGGCCAAUCAAAGACAUUGUUUAUACAUCGGUUGUUGGCGUGGUCAUGAUGAUGGCGUUUUUAGAGUGGUUCCUUUGGCUCGCAGCAUUUCUCUAUUGCAUUUUCAAGGCUUUUCAAAAGGCAGAGCAUUGGUCCAUCAAAGCGCUCUGCGUUGUAGUGGGAUUUGCUUUUUUUCUGAUGAGACUGGUGUUUUUGCCCGUCAUGAUCGUAACGCUUCCUCUGCCGCACCAAGUCACCCGCUACUGGCCGGAAGCAGUAGUCAUGGCGCUUCAGUCGUUUGCGUUUUGGAGCUUUGCCGUGCUCCUGACGGUGCCGUGGCUUUUCUGCAUCUAUCAACUCGUGACGAACCAACUCGGCCGAACGAAACGAAUAAAACUGGUGCUGGACGAUGUGACGGCGCCCAAAGUGGUCAUUGUCAUGCCUUGCUAUCGAGAGGAGCCAGAUGUGCUGGUCACUGCAAUCAACUCAGUGGUGGACUGCGAUUACCCGGCUGCUUGCAUCCACGUAUUCCUGUCGUUUGACGGUGACCAGCAAGACGAGCUGUACUUGAACACCAUUGCCAAACUCGGUGUGCCCGAAACGAUGGGAUCAUAUCCGUGCAGCAUCGACGUCAUGUACAAGUCCUCGAGGGUAACGGUUUCUCGGUUUCCUCACGGAGGCAAACGGCAUUGCCAGAAGUUGACGUUCCGACUGAUUGACAAGGUAUACGAGCGCUACUUGAAGCGCAACGACAACUUGUUCAUUCUAUUUAUUGACUCGGACUGCAUCCUGGAUCGAGUAUGCUUGCAGAACUUUGUCUACGACAUGGAACUCAGUCCAGGCAACACAAAGGACAUGCUGGCAAUGACUGGCGUGAUUACCUCGACAACAAAGAAGCACAGCAUCAUCACUCUAUUACAAGAUAUCGAAUACAUACACGGCCAACUAUUCGAGCGGACAGUGGAGUCCGGGUGCGGCUCGGUGACUUGCCUUCCCGGGGCCUUGACAAUGCUUCGGCUGUCAGCGUUCCGACGAAUGGCAAAGUACUACUUUGCUGAUAAAGCAGAGCAGUGCGAAGACUUGUUUGACUUUGCAAAAUGCCACCUGGGCGAGGACAGAUGGCUUACACAUCUCUUUAUGAUUGGAGCGAAAAAGAAAUAUCAGAUCCAGAUGUGUACCUCGGCAUUUUGCAAAACUGAAGCCGUCCAGACAUAUCGAUCCCUUGUUAAGCAGCGGCGUCGAUGGUUCUUGGGGUUUAUGACAAACGAGGUGUGUAUGCUGACAGACUGGAGACUAUGGAAACGAUACCCCAUUCUGGUGCUGGUUCGAUUCAUGCAGAAUACGAUUCGAACGACGUCGCUGCUGUUUUUCAUCAUGGUCAUUGCGCUGCUGUCUACCGUGGCGACGAUCCACGACCUCCCAGUGGGCUUCAUUGCAGUGUCGCUUGGCCUGAACUGGGCACUGAUGCUGUAUUUUGGGCUCAAGCUUCGGCGGUUCAAGGCUUGGCUAUACCCACUCAUGUUCAUUUUAAACCCAUUCUUCAAUUGGUAUUACACUGUCUAUGGGAUCUUUACAGCUGGACAGAGGACGUGGGGUGGGCCGAGGGCUGAUGCUGCCGCAGCAGACACGACGACGACAGCACGAGAAGCGGUGGAAAAGGCAGAAGAGCAGGGAGAUGAGUUGAAUGUUGUGCCGGAAACCUUUAUUCCGGCGAGAGAGGCGAGGUUGUUGCAGGCUCCCGACGCUUCGGCUGGUCAGCAGCAGGGAUUGGGAAGGGCAAAGAGCACAGUUCGACCACCAGACAAGGUAGAUGGUAUCUUUUCAGCCCGUCAGCGGACCAAAGAGGUGGGCAAGGCACGGGGCUCAUGA